UCUCUUCUCCCGGCUUCUCAUCUUCCCUCCCAUUAUCACAUAUCGCUCUUCUUUCUGCAUUCCUUCAUCCGUCCAUGAAAGAGCUCUGCGAUCUAAGGAUUCAAAUCAAUGGCGAGCACACCUUCUUUGUCAGUCAAAAUGUUCUCAACUCGUUCUCAGGAAGAAUAAGGAAGAUUCUCAGGGAAGAAAAUAGAAUAAUCGAUAAUACAAAAGGAACUGUCAUCAGAUUUAUAGACUUCCCAGGCGGCACUGAAGGAUUUGAGCUUGUCUCGAGAUUCUGCCACAACAAUGGCAGAAUAGCUAUAAGCCCUGGAAAUAUUUGUCUUCUGCACUGUGCGGCCAAUUUUCUAGAAAUGGAAGAGGAGAUAACGCCUUGUAAUCUUCUAAAACAGACCGAGAACUUUUUGGAUGGCGUUCUCUACUUGAAUUGGCAUGAUCUCCUCAUCUCUCUGAAGAGCUGCGAGUCCUUUUUCGCCAUGGCUGACUCUUCCGGUCUUCUCCAAAAGCUCCUCUCCACACUUAUCUCCCAGAUCUCAGCCAAAUCAGAGAGAACGUCCCGAUCCUUUUCAUCUUCAUCAGAAGCAUCCGUUUUCCGGCGCUCAUCUUCGAUGAAGAGCAUAGAAGCAAUGAAACCAUGCUCGAUUAGAGAAUGGUGGUUCCCAGACCUUCUAAUUUUUGCUCCGAACAUGAUUGAGAAGAUGGUGAAAGAGCUCGGAGCUUAUGAAUGUGAGAACGGGAGCCUCACGCUAACCAAAUUUCUACUGUAUUAUCUCAAAUCAGCGGAUCAGAGAGGUUAUGGAAGCAAUUGGGAUUAUGGGGGGCUUGCAGGCACAGCAGUUUAUGGUGUUUUGAAGAUUGGGAGGAAUGUUUUUAGCUAUAAGGUUUUGUUAUGGAUUCUGAGAUUGGUUUCAAGGCUAGGGCUGAGCAAAGAAUGCCGGGAGAAACUUGAUAGAUUGAUAGGAUCAAUGUUUGAUAAGGCAGAAUUGGAUGAUUUGUUAGUUUCAGGGCAUGAUGAU